GGUCAUGGGCUUUGUCUUGUGGAAGCAUAUAGCCAUAUACCUGCUUUGCUUCUUCCUAACUUGAGCUGAAAACUACUUGGUUUCUCUGGUUUGAGAUAUUAUUAGGUGGUAAAUGGGUCUGUCGAACUUUCCCGGCGCAUCGGAGGGCGUGCUACCGGUGCUGGUAAUGAACACGGUGCUGUCGGUGGCGCUACUCAAGAACAUGGUGAGAUCCGUGUUCCAAGUAAUGAGUGGCGCCAAUGUGGUGGCUUCUCAGACCCUAGAGGAGGACGCAGAUGAGUACCCGGAAGUUGCGAGAGAGAGAAGAAUCUCGGUGGCCCGGUACAGGUCGCUGUGCCACAGGAAAAGCAAGAGAGGAGGGAGAUUGGCUAUGGCGGAGUGUUGCGUGUGUCUGUGUGGGUUUGAAGCGGAGCAAGAGGUUAGUGAAUUGUCUUGCAAGCAUUUCUUCCACAAAGGUUGCUUGGAGAAAUGGUUCGACAACGACCACACCACUUGCCCUCUUUGCCGCUCUGUUUGCUAAUAUAGAUGAAACAAGAACAAGGCUCUGUUUUUUUUUUUUUUUUUUUUACCGAAUUAAGCUGAGGUUUUUGGAGUCCUAGUUAAACUGUUCCUCCACUGUACCUUUUUUUUUUUUUUUUUUUUUUCUGUUGCUUUUUUUAGCAGGAUUAAUAGAGAGACGUCUUUUGACAAUCUUGCUUUGGUUUUGUUUUGUGUGUACAAAUAAGUACCAGUUGAGAAGAUGAACAAUAAAGGAAAGUUUCUACUUGUAUGGUUUCUGAUUCUGCUUCCAAAUCUGAGGAACUCAAAGUUGGGUACUUGAUACAAGGAUAAGGUAAGUUUAUGUCUUUGAAGUAACUAAACAAACAAAGUGGAGCACAUGUCUUUAAGAUUUCAGCAUGUUUGGUAUAUGCCAUUUCAGAAAGAGAUAUCAUUCUGAUACCAUUUGAAAACACAGGCUUAUGAAUUUGAUGCUUUUCUUUAUUGGGUUAGAACAAAUCAAUUAGUUCUUUCCAGUUUCCACAACGGGAACUAUAAAAAAAUUAACUUGCCUUUUUUUUUUCCCGUGCUGUGUUUUGUAAGCAACAGACUCGGAAGGUUCUGAUCUACAAAGGCAUAACAUCUUACAAUUGUGGUCUAAAAUUGUGGCUGCUAAAAUAAAAAACAUAUUACAAACUUUUAAUUAAGCUCAAUUUCAAAAGCAAUCAUGAACAAUACUGAUAACACACCAAAUCUUGUGAGGUACAAAUUUGAAAGCAACCUAAUGGCUUUGACAUUAUUUAUAGCUGGUGACUUGGCACAAGUUUACCCCACAACCCUGAACUGUAAAAAUCUUAUUGAGGGCUAUAAAGGGUUAUCUAUACUAUCCAUUCUCAGUAAUCUGACAUGGUCAUCUGCCUCAUCUGGAAUUUCUUGUGCUCGAAAUUGAUAAACGCAGCAGCUUCACCAUCAACAUCUUCAUACUGCGUCACAGUCUGUGGCCUCCUCGGUGCCUCGAAUACGCGCUCCUCAUUGCUGAACCUAACAUGGUGUUUUUGGCGGUGAUGGGAGUUGGUGGUAGCAGGUGCCCUAUUAGGCAUAGGUUCCUGAACUGCAGAUGCAAAGUACUGGAACUCAUUUGAUGAACUAUUGAAGGACAUGAUUUUCUUUUCUACAAGUAGUAGUUCUCAAUUAUGCUUUUGUUUGGUUAAAGAGUGCUCGAGGACUUAUAUAGAGAUAUGGAAAAUGAAAAAACGUGGGUAGUGAGUUGAUUUGAAAUUUGAGCUGCAUUAGAUUCCUGUACGAUAAGAUUGAAUCUAAUGCUCUCUUUCCGGAGCUUGGUGGUCUAAAGAAUCUCAUAAAGAAAAAGAAUCGAAUGGUUCUAAUGAGAUGUAAACCAUCUGAUUAUAAAAGCUAGAAUAUUGAUACUGCGGCUUAAGAUAUUUCAAAUCAACUUGGGAACUUUUGGAAUGGAAUAUCUAAAACGAAAUUCGGAUAUUAUUCAUACGACUGGGUACAGUUUUUUUUUUUUUUGGAUCAAAUUGUAAAAUGCAUUAAUUAAAGGCAACAAGCCCAGCAUAAUACACACCGUCCAAAAGGGCCAAAGACACUAAGCCCAAAAGGGCAAGCAGCAUAAGCCUAAAACAUGAACAAGAUCCCACAAAGGGGAGACAAAGCCCAGCCCAAAAACUGCAAUCUUCAUCUUCCUCAGCCAGAUCAGAGAACCACCGACAGAGAGGGGUGGAGGUGUUUCGCCGACGCCAAUCAAUGGAUUUCCGGAUGCCAUAUCCAUUUCUUUUUCCCCGGUCCGAAGAGGUUUGGGUUCUCGUGAAGGAGAUCCCAGCCUCACGCCUGUCACGGGGCUUGAACCAUGUGAUUGCUUGUGACAACUGCC